AUGCAUCUUAUGAAUGUAAAUAGAAAUCAACAUUUGUUGAAGAUCGAGUAUGCCCGAUCAAGUAGAUCACAGUGUAAAUCAAUACUGGGUUGUUCUAAGAUAGCUGAAGGUGACUUAAGAAUUGGUGUAGUUCAUGAUACCUGGCCUUGGACAGAAUGGUACCAUUUUGACUGUUUUUGGGGAGAUGCAUUUGAAGAAUUUUUCAAUGACAAUAGAGAUAAUGUGGAAGAUGUUGAUAUUGAGGAUUUAAUGGAGGGCUACAGGUCUCUUAGCGAGGACGAUCAGGAAAACGCAGACGAUUCUCUUGAAACGUGGAUAAAUAUUUGUAAAGGAGGGGAUGACGAUGAAGAUGAUGUCAGUUUCGUUACGACAGAAGUUGAAAAUCAGACUGAAACAUCAGGAAAUGAUGAGAAUGGGAAUAACAAAAACAACAAAAAUUUGCCAAAAGACCAAAAUGGGAAUAAAACAUUAGGAAAUGACAUGAAUGGGAAUGUCGAAAACAAAGAAAAUUUGCCAAAGGACCAAAAUGGAAAUAAAACUUCUGGGAAGGAUGAAAAGAAAGUGUUGGUCACCAAAAGAAUUACUGAACCUGUAAAUAAAGGGUUGAAAAGAGAGAUUGAUCCUGUGCCAAAAGUACCUGAAAAGAAAAUUAGGAUCCUGAAUUCUUUUGUUGGAUUCCUUUAGACAUAGAUAUAGAUAAACUUGUAAGAUUUGACCUGAAUUAAAAAUGUUAAAAUGUUUUUCAGCUAGUACUUUUUGGUGUGUAUUAUUGACAAUAUUGUUCUUGUAUUAAUUCAUUGAUUUGACCUGACUGGACAUGGUUUUCAACAGCUACAUAAAUGAUUAUCUUGUGUUUAUUAUGUCAAAAUACUUAUACAUUAGCUGCAAUGAAAUAUUUGAUCACCAGUAAAAUCAUGAAAAUACAUUUAUAUAUCCAGAUUUAUUGACCUAAACAUUCUUGACUUACAACAAAAUGACUGAUUUUUUGUGUAUAAUUUGCAAAGAACUUGAUAUUGCAAUUAUCAAGGACUCUAAAGGUUAAACCAUGUUAACCAUGUACUUUUCAUAACUCAGUUAUUCCAUGAUUUGUUUAUCA